GAAUUGUCCGGGAAGGUUAGGCGCCUGGAUCUGGAUCUAGACGGACGCCUCGGCGAGUGAGGCAUCAAUUGCAGGUUAUAUAUAGCAAUAGCAUCCGAGGGAGGCAGUGAGCCAUCACAGAUCAGCUUUUCGCUGAGAAAUUCCCCGACCAACUCGUCAUCUUUGCCUGGCUAGAGAGAGAGAGACAGAGGAUGGCGCUUGCUCCCCGGUCGUCUCUUCGCUCGCUGGUGCUGCUCAUGUCGCACGGGAAGCCCCAGCUGAGCGCUUUCUUCUCCUCCGCCGCCACCACCGCCUCGCCGAUUGCUACUGCCGUGAAGCCUCCGGCAGCUCCAGCCGGUGCUAGUCCGGCCACCGACCCUCCAGCCGCUGCAGCUUCGUCGUCUGGGUCUGGCUCGACUCACAGCGCCCCUCUCGAAUGCUCAAGCAGAACAUUUACACAUGUUGAACCUGAACCUGAGGGUUCAUGUCACACGCUUGGACAUGAAACUGACAAGAUUUCGCCUGGCGCCACCAAGGAUCCGGAGGGUCCAAUAUCCGAGGGCUCAUGUGGCACGCCUCAACCUGUAUCAGACGAUCCUCAGCCUGGACCUCGCAAAGACCCGAGGCACGGAGUUCCUGAAGACCCGUAGGGCCUGUGCGAUGCUGGAGAAGUUGAGAUUUUUCUUGUGUUCAUCACAUCCAGAUAUAGCAAUAGAAUUAUCUGUUAAUUGUAUUGGCUCCUACACACCAUGUAUUCCCAAAUUGUUAGCAUCGGAUCCCUCAUGCAUCUAUUUAUUAAUAUUGAUACUUUAGCUCAA